AUGGCGACUACCGUAGCAUCCGAGUACUCAAAUGAAGUGAAAAAUACACCCAUUGAACACCAAUUCAACCCUUACUCUGACAAUGGUGGCACUAUUUUAGGGAUUGCCGGUGAAGACUUUGCAGUACUAGCAGGCGAUACCAGGCACACAACAGAUUACUCGAUUAACUCGAGAUACGAACCCAAGGUUUUUGACUGUGGUGAUAACAUUCUGAUCUCUGCGAACGGGUUCGCAGCCGACGGCAAUGCCUUGGUGAAGAGGUUCCAGAAUAGCUUGAAAUGGUACCAUUUCGACCACAACGACAAAAAGCUUUCCAUGAGAUCGGCUGCUAGAAACAUACAGCAUUUACUGUACGGAAAGCGCUUCUUUCCUUACUACGUUCACACCAUUAUCGCGGGGCUCGAUGAAGAAGGAAAGGGCGCGGUGUAUUCAUUCGAUCCUGUGGGGUCUUACGAGCGUGAGCAAUGCCGCGCAGGUGGUGCUGCUGCAUCGCUGAUUAUGCCAUUCUUGGACAACCAAGUGAACUUCAAGAAUCAGUAUGAACCAGACAGUCAUGGUACUAAGCGCAAGCAUGUCAAGUUCCUAACUGUCGAAGAGGUCGUGCAGCUGGUAAGGGACGCAUUCUCUUCCGCCACAGAGAGACACAUCCAUGUGGGUGACGGUGUUGAGAUUCUGAUAGUCACCAAAGAAGGAGUGCGGAAGGAAUUUUUCGAACUGAAGAGGGACUGA